AUGAAAUACACCUCAGUCGGACUGCACAAGAUCGCUCAAAGUCUCGAAGAAUUCAGUAAUCUGCAUGAAAGUAAUACAAAUGUCUCGUCAAUCAGAACAUCACUGGAAAGAUAUGAAAUUCAACUACACGAAAUCAUUGAAGACAUGGAAGCCCAUCUGAAAGAAUUGGGUGAAACAGAUGGCUUUUCAAGAUUUCGAAUAACCGGUUUGAACCAACUCGCUGAAACAGUACAGAAGCGGAUUCGACAACUACAGAAUCCAUCAAACUGCCAAACUGCCAAAUAUAUUACAUUCGACUUUACGAAUUUAUGUGGAUUCGGAUGCUCUGUUCAUCAACUAACUGCGUGCUUACAUAUGGCCUUUGAACGUGAACGAGUUCUUGUUUUGAAGAAGCACUCUCCUGGAGACAUUUUUCGUGAAUGGCUUAAACAGAACACAAUACCACUCUCGGAGAAAUGUAGUUAUGAAGACUUGAAUGAUAAAACAGAUAUUAUCGAAUGUCCUCUGAAAGCAUAUAUUCCUUCAGACAAGGACUGGAUUCCAAACGUCUUACCCAAAGAUGUAGCUGAAAAAUUAAUAUAUUUGCAUGAAGCACCGUAUGCAUGGUUUGCUGGUCAGUUGACCGCAUACGUUUUGCGUCCGAACUUGCAUCUUUCUCAGCUAAUCAACGAAAGUUUGAGUGAAUUUAGGCGUAGUGAUCAUCCAGUGGUUGGUGUGCACAUAAGACGCACAGACAAGCUUAUUCGGGAAGCCCAAUCACAUGAUUUGGAAGAGUACAUGAAGCAUGUGGACGAUUAUUUCAAUUCAUUUGAGAAUAUAACACCUCUUUUGAAGCCCGAAAUAUAUAAUUCGAAUGGCUACAACUGGAAUAAUCACAGAAAGGAUAUUGGACGUUUCACACACAGAAACAGAAGUGUUUAUUUGACGACAGAUGAACCUUCUCUCUUCAACCAGUUCAACACGAAUUAUCCAGACUAUAUUCUAUAUGGCAGUCAAAGAAGGUCAGUGUCAGCUGGUAUACAAAAUCGCAGAAGUAUUGAUUCAAUGAAUAAUGCAUUCACUGACACACUGGCCUUAUCAGAAACAGAUUUUCUGGUGUGCACAUUUUCAUCAAAUAUAUGUCGUCUGGCGUAUGAAUUAAUGCAAACACGUCACGAAAAACUGGGUGAUGCAUCACAACUGGUUAAAUCUCUCGAUAAUGUGCACCAUUCAGAGGAUUUCUCGAAAGUCAAAUUUGAGGUGCUGAUCCCAGAUUUGAGAGCGGGACUGAACUAUGGCGAUUUGGUAGAGUCAAAGGGAAAUUACUGGAACGGUUUCUCAUCCAACAGCCUCAUGUGGCGUAAUGAUGGCUGGAGUGUGGAUGGGCAACAGAAAUUAUCGAGUGUCAAGCAAAGGAAUUCAUUUGAUGUACCUGCAUAUAAAUUCAGACCUGAGUUGAAAAUAACCUACUUCAUUUGGUAGCAAAAGUGAAAAUCACCUUCAGGUGUAAUGCCUAACAACUGUAUUCUCUGUAAUAUUUCUACCUUGAUUUCUUAUAUACUGAC